AUGUUGUUCCUCACUUUGCUUGUGUUGGUUGGCACAAAUGCUGCCCUCGGCUUUGAUGAUAAGAUUGUUGGCGGCUACGAGUGCCGGGAUCACUCUGUCCCCUGGCAGGUGUCGCUCAAUAAUGGCUGGCAUUACUGCGGAGGAACCCUGAUCAACGACCGCUGGGUUGUCACUGCUGCACACUGUUACAAGGGUGAGGACAUCGAGCUGCGUCUGGGUGAGCACCACAUCGGGUACAAGGACGGCCCCGAGCAGUUCAUCGCUCCCGCCGUCAUCAUCCCCCACCCAGAGUAUGACCGCUACACCAUCAACAAGGACAUCAUGCUGAUUAAACUCGCAGAGCCAGCGCAGAUCAAUCAGUACGUGAAGCCCAUCGCUCUGCCACGCAGCUGCGCCCCUGCAGGCACCCAGUGUCUGGUGUCCGGCUGGGGAGCCACACAGAGCCCCUUCGGUUGUCUGAAGUGCCUGAACUGCCUGGAUCUGCCCAUCCUGCCCCAGGAGGACUGUGAGCGCUCCUACCCCAACAGGAUCACCUCCUCCAUGUUCUGUGCCGGCUUCCUUGAGGGAGGAAAGGACUCCUGUCAGGGAGACUCUGGCGGUCCUCUGGUGUGUAACGGGGAGCUGCAGGGUGUGGUGUCCUGGGGUUGGGGCUGUGCUGAAGAGAAUCGCCCCGGUGUUUACGCCAAGGUCUGCCAGUUCACUGACUGGAUCCACUCCACUAUGGCCUCUCACUGAAGUCUCUCUGUAGAGGAAAGCUCAGAUCUGUCUGCUGUUCAUUUCAUGUCAACACUAUUUCUUCAUGUUUUAUGAGGAAUAUAUUUAUUCAGCUUUACUAACCACUUCAUGACCUCUUUGACUGUAUGUGGAAUGUUUGGCAAUGACAGUAAUAUC